ACACAACAUAACAGCUCCGCCAACAUCGCGAUCCUCGACUACUUUCGUUCUUGUUUGAGACCAAUCCAACACACCAUUUGACACCACCAUUUGCCCCUGUGUGGGUGCUUAUGUAUGCCAGUGGCUCAAUCAGUUACCAAUAGACUGAUCGCUGCCUGCGAUAGCCGCUCCACUUAAAUAGCAACGACUCUCGGUGCCCGGAACCCAGUCUACACACGGCCCUAGAAGUACGAGUACUAUUUCAAGUUAAUGACGACAUGAAGUCGACUGCGUGGCUCUCUUUGCUGGGUUUUGUUUGGAGUGCAUCUGCCAAUCCGCUGGUGGGUCUCCUAGAUCCCGCCUGCCAAGUGGUGCGUGGGGAAUGUCCCAAUAAAAAUGUCUCCUUCUGGCUAUAUUCCAACUCCACUCGGAGUAAUCCGAUCCUGCUAAAUCCGCUGGACCUCAAUCCCUGGGACUUCCAGCCGCCACGCCCCCUCAAGAUCCUCAUCCAUGGCUACACAGGAUACCGUGACUUUGCGCCCAACUCGUUUAUACGUCCUGCACUUCUGGACAACGAGGAUGUGUACGUGAUCUCAAUUGACUAUGGGCCACUGGUGCGAUAUCCCUGCUACAUUCAGGCGGUGCAGAAUCUUCCGCUGGUCAGUCGGUGUCUGGCGCAGUUGAUCAACAACCUGGUGGAUCGAAGAAUAGUGGCCAAUGAACAGAUCCACCUGAUUGGCUUCAGUUUGGGUGGUCAGGUGGCGGGUCAGACGGCCAACUAUGUGAAGAGAAAGCUGAGAAGGAUCACGGGACUGGACCCGGCCAAGCCUUUGUUUAUUUUGGGACCCGAUUCAAGACGUUUGGACCCGAGCGAUGGCGACUUUGUGGACGUCAUCCACACGGAUGUUUUCGGUCGUGGAAUGCUGCGUGCCUCGGGUCAUGUGGAUUUCUAUCCCAACUUCGGAGCCCAACAACCUGGCUGCAUGGAGGAGAAUAUGGAAGAUCCGGGCAGUUGCAAUCAUGACAGAGCUCCUCGUUUCUAUGCCGAGUCCAUUAAUUCCACCGUGGGUUUUUGGGGACGCCAAUGUUCCAGCUGGUUGGUCCAGCUCCUUAGACUUUGUCCCACCACCGGGGCCCAGGCCCAAAUGGGAUAUCACGUAUCGGAAGAUAUAAAAGGUUCCUACUUCCUCAAGACUGCAAGUAAUUCACCCUAUGCCCUGGGCAAACUGGAGGAUGUGGACAAUAGCCAGGCACUGGCCAAAUUCCAUCUGAAUCUGGAACACAAUGAAAUCGGCGAUGACUAUGAGCCACAGCUAUUGGAGGCUUUUCUCGAACUGGAGGCGGUGAAAGUGAUUGUAAAAAUGGAUGAGGGCGAUUUGGACAAGAAAUUGGACUGGAUAGAUCGGGAGGAUGAAGAGCCCUUGUCGAGAAAUGUGUUUAGAUAGGAUAGAGUUUUAGUAAUUG